CCAUGCCAUAGGGCUCUCUAAAGCCACAAAGCCUAGAGGUUAAUAGUUAUCAUAAUUGAGGAGCAAUUAAUUUCUUUAUCUUAACCUUACUGAUAGUGGAAAAAAGAUUAAGUUGUAAACAGUAUAAUCAUUAAGUUAAUAUCAUUUUGAUACUUGAAUUUAUUUCAGUUGUUAUGUAACAAUAGUUAUUCAACUAUUUCAGUAUUUGUCGGCCUAGGUAUUUGGAGAUAGAAACAUGUUUAGUUUGUGAGUUGGCCAAAAUAAUAUAACUGAAUUACUAUACACUAUUGUACUAUACACAUAGUUUAUUGUUGGAUUUAUACAUUCAUAACCAAUCUCACUAUGUCUGAAGGCAAAACUCAAGAUCCAGAUUUAGAAGCUAUAUAUCAUUUUAAACAGUACCUGAGGAUUCCUUCAGUUCACCCAGAUGUAGAUUAUGAUGAUUGUGUGGUGUUUUUAAAGAGCCGUGCUGCUGAUCUUGGACUUCCCAUUUCUGUGUUUGAGGUGGCACCCCGCAAGCCUGUAGUUGUAAUCUCGUGGUUUGGGAGUCAGCCACAGCUUCCCAGCCUCCUGCUGAACUCUCAUAUGGAUGUUGUGCCAGUGUUUCCUGAGAAGUGGUCCCAUGCCCCGUUUUCGGCUGACACAGACAGUAAAGGGAACAUAUACGCCAGGGGCUCUCAAGACAUGAAAUGUGUUGGAAUUCAGUAUCUGGAAGCUGUGGGGAGGUUGAUGAAAGCCAAUCAGAAGAUGAAGAGGUCUGUCCAUGUGUCUUUUGUACCAGAUGAGGAAAUUGGAGGUCAGACAGGCAUGAAGAUAUUUGUUGAAUCUGAAGACUUCAGAAAGCUCAAUGUUGGCUGUGCUCUAGAUGAGGGAAUUGCCAGUCCAGAUGAAAGUUUUCAUUUUUUUUACGGAGAACGUUCCUUGUGGCAUGUAUUCAUCCACUGUAUGGGUACUCCUGGACAUGGCUCCCUUUUGCAUGAUGACACAGCAGGAGAAAAGAUUGCAAUUGUCAUUGAGAAGUUCAUGGCAAGACGAGCAGAGGAGAAGAAAAAACUCAAAGACAAUCCAAACUUAACAGUGGGCGAUGUCACAACAAUAAAUCUCACAACGCUUGAAGGAGGUGUCCAGACCAAUGUGGUUCCCCCAGAACUAUCUGUCGGGUUUGACUGUCGACUGAGCGUGGAUACAGACCACAAGGAGUUUGAGAACUGGAUCAAUGAGUUGUGUAAACUGGCCGGUCCCGGCGUUAUAGCAGAUAUCGAUGUAAGAUGUGCUGCAGGGCCAGUGGAAAGUCUAGACUACACCAAUCCUUGGUGGUGCUGUAUCAGUGAUACCACCCGUAACAUGGGACUUAAACUGAAGUGUAACAUUUUUCCAGCAGCUACAGACAGCCGGUACAUCAGAGAAGUCGGAAUACCUGCAUUUGGUUUCUCUCCCAUGAACCACACUCCAGUCUUACUUCACGACCAUGAUGAGUAUCUGAAUGAAAAAGUAUUUCUUCGAGGCAUCAAUAUAUACUGCAAGCUGCUUCCCGCCUUGGCUAACUUAUAGAAAAGAUUGGGUACCUUAAGUUUAGAGUGAGAAGCCUUUGCCUGUGCCUUAGCUGACUACAAGAGUGUUUUCUACAAGAUACAUUAUUUUGGUAGAAGUAAAAGUCUAUAUUUAUAAAGAACAUGGAUUAAAUAAUAUAGGGGAUUUGCUUUUUAGAUUGGGUAAAUGUAACAUACAAAAUAGGUGAAGUUAAGUAGUUUUAACAUUGAUAAGAUAUUGAUAAACACAAUGAGAUACAAUACAAAUAUUAGUUAAGUGUUGAUAAACGUAAUGGGUACUAUCCAAGUAUCAGUUUAGCGUUGAUAUGAAUGUGAUAACAUACAACAUAAAUAUUAGUUAAAUGUUGAUAAAUGUGAUCAGAUGCAAUCCAGUUGAGUAUUAACUAUCAAAAUCAGUUACAUGUUAGAACAUCAACUCAUUCCAAAUUACAAUGUUUGUGUAAUCAUCAGUAAUUUUAAAUAUACAAAAUUAUUAUUAUGCGU